AGGGAGAGCAGAGAGUUCAGAGAGAGAGAGAGAAAUGGAAGUAGCCGUCGCCAUCAGCAAUCCUCCUCUCUUGGGUUCGAAUCAUAAGAUAAUAAAUGUGAAGCAAGCCGUGAAUGUUUCCAUCCCAAGUGUGUCUUCAAAAUUGACUCAUGUCUCCCUUCAAAGGAGAUACUUGCCUCAAGUGUUUGGUGGAAGGAGGAAUAAUAAAAGUUCCCGAGCUGUUUUUGCUGCAGUAUCAGGAAUUGAAAAUGUUGAGGCCCCUUCUCAGUUUGAAGACUUUUCAGUUACCAACACAACUAGCAGCAGUGAUAGAGAGCUGAAGAUAAAGGUCGAGGUAUCUGGUGCCAAAACUCAAGUGAUUUUCAAUGAUGUGUUUGACAAGCUGGUUGCCGCUGCCCAGCCAAUUCCAGGGUUUCGUAGAGAAAAAGGAGGGAAAACGCCAAACAUACCCAGGGACAUUUUGCUAGAAAUUCUUGGACCUUCUAAAGUUUACAAGCAAACGAUCAAGAAUGUCAUAAACUCCACUGUUGCUGAGUAUGUUCAGAAGAACGGCUUAAAAGUCGGGAAAGAUUUAACGGUUGAGCAGAGUUUUGAGGACCUAGAAAACAGUUUUGAACCAGGUGAAACCUUCAGUUUCAAUGCAGUUGUGCAACUGCUGGAAUGAAACGAGCCAGGCAGUGUCUUGAUUAUGAUGCUCAGCAUUUUUAGGAGAAUCAAGAAAAUUAUACAUGAAGGGCAUCCAUUUAAAAUGAGGAAAGCAUGAAUCGAAUUUCUUUUCAUACGAGUGGCUGAGUGGCUCGUGAAUUUUUUGCAAUUUUUCAAGUGAGCAGCCAAGUAUGGGGAAAGCACCUGAGGAUGUCAUUUGAGUGGCGAUACGGAACAUUGCAGGGAAGUAGAAUUGCUACCUAUUGGAAAGAUAUUGCUUCUCUUCUCAACUCCUAGGCUUCAUAGAUGGGACAGAGACUGUGAUCCAACGGAUUGUACGUUGAUCAUCGUCAUCAUAAGUACUACCAAAUUUUCAGUGUCAAUGAUACAGGUCUCACACCAAAUUCACAGACAGUUGUUGCAUUGAUAAAGCUACAGGCUACAGCCCAAGUUCGCCCCGCUAUUCUCUUUGAGCGAAAACGGAUUUUACCCCUAUCCCAGAUGCAUCUUUAGCACCGAUGUAGCCGUUCUUGAGGCAUUCUGAUGCAUACUUGGUGUGCUAUAACUAUCCAAAGACUAUAUUUUUAUGUCAUCCUUUUUUACCUCUUUGACAAACACUGAUGGUCAGUGUUUUGCCUUAAA